GAUGUAUUCCAUAUCAAUUUGUAUUUAUUUUAUUGACGCUACAAGUUUUGAAAGGGAGAAUUGCGGAACCGUCGUGGAUAAUCCAAAGCAAGUAACGGAUAUAAUAUUAAAUGUUUUCUUUAUUAUAUUUUUUACAAUAAGGUUGGAAAAUAACGGUGAUCCUAUGGAAAGAUAUGCCAAUUUUCAGAAAAUUCACUAUUGGCAAUGCGUUUAUUGGCUUUUGGUAACAAUGUCUACAGUUGGAUUUGGUGAUGUUCAUCCAUCUACUAUACUGGGACGAGCUUUGAUGGUUUUAUUUAUUAUUGGAUCUUUUGUUAUGUUUACGAAAUCCAUUCCGGAAAUUGUAAAAUAUUUAGGAGAAUCGAUGAAUAGAAGACAACCCUACGUAAGAUAUUAUGGUCGGCGUCACAUUCUUAUUUGUGGCCAAGUAACGACGGGAAACGUUCCUAAUACUGCAUAUUUAUUUCAUGAUAAGGAAAAUGCAAAAGAUAUUGAUUUAGUCUUUUUAGGAAAGAACAAAAUAGAUUGCGAAAUUGACGCCUUCUUUAAGAGGUGUUACCGAGACGUCGCGUUCUUUAUUGGGACUCCAUUUGAAACUUCCGAUCUAAAAGACCUCCACUACGCGGAUAGUAUAAUCAUUUUGGCAGACAGACAAUCUAAAACUCCCUAUCAAGAUGAUAAAGAAAACAUUCUGCAAGCCAUCGCUAUAAAAAGCUUUUAUUCCGAAGCAAGAAUAAUUCUACAGUUAUUAAAAGAGGAGAGUAGGUUAAAAGUUCUCAAUAUUGCCUCAUGGAGAUGGCAGGGAGACAAUAAAGAUCAAAUAAUAUGCUUCUCAGAAUUGAGAAAUGGUAUUUUAGCUCAAAAUUGCAUGAUUCCUGGGUUUAUUUCAUUAUAUUUGAAUUUAUUUAUUCAUAGAAAUCAGGUUUAUUGCAAAACGUUAAAGACUUGGCAAAAUUUAUAUCUUAAUGGAGCGAAUCAUAAGAUAAAAGUCAUUCAGAAUCCACCAAACAGUUUAUUGAACCGUCUAUUUUUCAGUGCUGUUGAAUUAUGCUGGCAAAAGUUAAAUAUUAUACUAUUUGCUGUUGAAGAAUCAACAAAAGAUGGUUCCUUUACAAUCUUAAAUCCGGGAGCCCAUUAUAAAAUAACUGGAGAGAUUAAAUUAUUCUUUAUAACACCAAAAGAUUUCAGCUUAAGAGAAGGAUUAUCAACACUUGAUGGAGGUAUUCAUUCUAUUUUAGUAAAAUAUGCUACUAAUGACGAGACGGAGACUUUAAUUAGCUCUCAUUUCCUAAGUAAAUUUGGCGAGAGACGAUCUUCGUUAUCUAAGAAAUUAUCGAGAAUGACUUCUAUUGUUGACUAUGAAAAAUAUCAUAUUGAUUAUGGAAAAUCUAUGGAUAAAUGUACAAUAAGAGGCAAAAAUAAACUUAAGUUACAAGAUCACGUGAUUGUUUAUAUAUCAGCUGUUUCUACGAAAUUAAAUCUCCUACAAUUCAUUGUACCGAUGAGAUAUUCCUCUAUACCCGAACAGGAUUUAAUUGAUAUUGUAUUGGUUUGUGAUUUAAAAACAAUUGAAGACGAAUGGGACGAUAUUUGCUACUUUAAGAAUAUACAUAUUGUUCAGUUAACUAAUGGGAUACAGCAUGAUUUUAGCACAGCUAGUAUAACAACUUGCAGAAGUUGUCUUGUAUUUACAGCACCGGAAGUAGAUGAUGCCGAUGUGACUUUGGCAACUCUGGCGAUAAAAAGUAUGUUAACAGAGUUGCAUGCAGAUGUUAAGAUUUGCUUGCUAACAAGAGCUGGACAUACUCCAAACUCUUGGACACAUAGAUUUCUUUCGGAAUCUUUUAUACCCGUUAUAUCAUCUCUCGAUACCACGUCAAACAUUCAAUUCUUAGAGGAAGAUCGAAAUGAUUCUUCUUCCAUAGUUACAACAGCAUCAUUUGCCGGGGGUAAUGUCUUACCAGGAUGCGAGCUAGAUGCUUUCAUAGCCUCGGCCUAUACAGACUCAUCUUUGAUGACUAUUGCCAAGGUUUUAGCAACAGGACGAAGUGGUGAAGAAUUACAUGAAUUAAUAACAAGGCAAUUAGAUAUCAAACUAAUCGAUCCUGAUCAAGGAAGAGUAGUAAAUAUGCCAAUAAAUGCUCCACCUCUAUCACUUGCAUAUGAAAAUACGGAAACGAAAGAUUUUGGGUCGUUUUUUACCAAAGUUCUUAGAGACUUAAAGAUUAUUUGUCUGGCACUUUACAGAAGAAUCUCGGAAAGUAGUAAAGCCCGCGUAACACUAACCAUGCCAAAAUCGACUCUUCCUAUUCAGAAAGAUGAUCACAGAAUGACUUGGAUUGGAGAGGUUAUUUGUCUUCUUCCAUGUAAAGAAGGUGACGAAAAUCUUAAUUUUAUAAACAAGGAAAGACAAUAA